ACUAAAACGUCAAUUCGUUAUAUACCUAUACAAAAGAAAUAUCUUAUUUUUCGAAAGUUGAUGUGAAAGUAAUAAAAAUGUAGUUUUUAUUUAUUUCUUGGCGAGUUUAAUCUCACAAAAUUAGAAAUCAUGUAACAAAUACAUGGAAAAUGGCAGACAGUCAAUACAUACCAACUUCUCAAUCAAAAUUUUGUGUUGCCGAUAGCAAAGUAACUAGCAGCUUAAACAAUUAUUUUCUCUGUAAUUACUGCGAUACAGAUGUAAAAUUUGUUAGUAAACGUUUAAUUAUUCAUCACCUGAAACAAUGUAGUAAGAAUAUUGAAAAUAUGGCCACUAAAACUCUAGAAAACGAUCAAAAAAUUUGUGUCACUGUUUCUAAAAAUAACAGCGACGGACACAAGUUGAGUCAAUCAUACUGUAAAGUUUGCAAUCAGGACUUUACAAAUGUAUGGAAACUCCGUUAUCACAUAAGGCGAGACCACUUCAACUUGCAAGCCAAAAUACCUUACUGCGACAUGAAGAAGGUCAACCAGGUGUGGUUCGAGAAAGUGCAGAAUUCGAACAAGAUCAUAGAAGUCCGCAAGACCGGACACAAUUCCUUGAUUUUCCGGAGGCUGAGCGAGAAAACAGCAAUCAAAGUGAUCGACACAUGCGCAAAUAUUGUUGAUUUGAGCAAUUUAUACCCAACAAUACGCCGUAGUCCUGCCAAGAGCAGCCGAGUGCUUGUCGAAUGCGACAUAUGCCAGAAGAAGCUGUUGAAGCGUUAUGUACUGUCACAUAAGUUGAGAAAACACAAGGAAUUUCGGAUGGUCUACACUGAGAAAUUAAAAAAAUCAUAAAUGUAAAUAUUUACGUUCAAUAUUCACGCCAUGUAUCUUGCGUGAUAUGCAGAGACAAUUGAGAGGCUAAAGUUCUAAUUUAGGUUCAACUAAUAUAUAUUCUAAUUUUAUUCAUAAAAGAAAAAAACACGCCAAAUUCUCAUAAACUUAUUUCAGCUAUUAAAUUAUUUGUCCCUUUUCUUUUUCGCCAAAAUGACGCUACAGCGCCAUCUACCAUUAUCUACUAAAACUACUAAGUGUUUUAAAAUAUUAUUCGCACUCAAGAAAUCCGAUAUUCUUUUAAUUUUUGUUAAUUUUAGAGCCAUCUAUUGUAAAGUUUUGGCGUUAACGCUAUGUUUUUAGAUAAGUUGACGGUAGUAGAAUCAAUGAUAUCUCACUAGACGAUAUUAACAAUUAUGUAAUAAUAAAAAAAUGUACAGUAUGUUAAUUAACGAAGUCCUCAAAACUAGUAUUCAUUAAUAGGGUCUCAAAAGAACAUUAUUUUCCUAGAAAAUAUCUUUAUAUGACUAACCUGAACUGUGGCUAAUGUGACGCUUGUUUACUGCUUGUGGUUUUUUUAAAAAUUUACGCAUAAGAUAAAUUUUUAAAGGUUCGGAUUGACCUUCGCUUCCCCUGGUUACGCCCUACGCAUCAAUACUAAUAUUAGUUCUAAGGAAUGAAUUUCGUUAAUUAAUUAAUAUAUAUAUAUACGAGGUUUGUCCGGAAAGUACGUAUAAAAGUUUUUUAAAAAUUUUAUUUUACAAUUAUUCAGGUAAAUCAAUUUUAUCCCCUUCAAAGUACUCCCCCUGUGACAUAAUGCACUUGUGCCAACGCCGUUUCCACUGUGAGAAGGCUCCUUGAAAGUCCUCUGGUUGUAGGUUUCUCAGCUGCCCCGUCGUAGCUUUUUUUAUCUCAUUUAUGUCCCCCAAAUGCCGCCCCCGAAGUACCAAUUUGGUUUUUGGGAACAAGAAGAAGUCACACGGGGCCAAAUCCGGCGAAUAGGGGGGUGUUCGGUCACCGUAAUGGAAUUUUUACUCAAAAACUCACGGACAACAAGAGAGGUGUGGGCAGGGGCAUUGUCGUGGUGAAGAAUCCAACGCCCCUCUCGCGCCAAUUCUGGACGAACUCGUGCCACACGAGCUUUGAGGCGUCUGAGCACAUCGACGUAGAAUUUUCCAUCAACUGUCUGGCCUGGAGGGACGAAUUCUUGAUGGACAAUCCCCCGAACAUCGAACUCUUUCUCGGCCCUCUCUGAAUCUUUUUAGCCACUUGUGGACGGUUGGUUCCUUCACAGCAUCAUCCCCAUAAACUGUUCUGAGAUCGGCAAAAAUUUCACGGCCAUUCUUGCCGAGUUUCGAGAGAAACUUGAUUACGACGCGCUGCUCUUCAACGGAAGCGGGCUCCAUGCCGACGGGGUUUCGUUAAGAGGUAACUUCACAGAUGGCGUGACAAGCCAGUUCGCACCGCACGGCGGUCAGACCAGAACUGAAGCAUUGUUAGGGACAUAAGGAAGGGGUCCUGCGCUUACCUGGCCUCCCCACUCCUCUUUCUCGCAUUCCAGAACACUUUUAUACGAACUUUCCGGACAGACC